AAGAAAGAAUCCGCGACUCCUCUCUCUGGUGACAGGUAAGGAGGGGAAAGGGAAUUCGGGGUUGGCGCACACGCUUCUCCUCGUUUAGGGAUUCCCCGUCUCCGCCUCUCCGGCCUUUCGAUUACUCCGGUUUCGAUUGCCCGGGGAGGAGCACCUCCUGUCGUCUUCGCUUGAACCCGGUCGGAUCUCCACGGAAAGAUCCCGUUUUUGUAUUCGUUCGAUUGGUUCCUUAGGGUUCCGGGGUCGCGGCGAUGGCCGGCGCGCUGGUGGAUCGAGCCACGAGCGAUAUGCUGAUCGGCCCCGACUGGGCGAUGAACCUCGAGAUCUGUGAUAUCCUCAAUCACGACCCGGGGCAAGCUAAAGAUGUUGUUAAGGUCCUCAAGAAACGUAUUGGGCAUAAAAAUUCUAAGGUUCAGCUUCUUGCACUAACACUACUGGAAACAGUGAUAAAAAAUUGUGGGGACAUAGUUCAUAUGCAUGUUGCUGAGAAAGAUAUACUGCAUGAGAUGGUCAAGAUUGUAAAGAAGAAGCAACCUGACCUUCAUGUGAAGGAAAAGAUACUUAUAUUAAUAGACACAUGGCAAGAAGCUUUUGGUGGUCCACGGGCAAGAUACCCUCAAUACUAUGCAGCAUAUCAGGAAUUAUUGAGAGCUGGAGCUGUAUUUCCACAGAGAUCUGAGAGUUCUGCACCUAUUUUUACUCCUCCACAGACGCAACCUUUGCGAUCAUAUCCUCCAUCAGUGCGAAGUCCUGAUUAUCAAAAUGAAGCACCUGAAUCUUCAGUUGCAUCUGAUUUUCCUGUUUUGAGCCUCACUGAAAUUCAGAAUGCUCGUGGGAUCAUGGAUGUUCUUUCAGAAAUGUUGAAUGCCUUGGAUCCUGGAAACAGAGAGGGACUUAAACAGGAGGUAAUCGUUGAUCUUGUUGGUCAAUGCCGUACUUACAGACAAAGAGUGGUGCAUCUCGUGAACACAACUGCAGAUGAGGAGCUGCUUGGUCAAGGACUUGCUCUGAAUGAUGAUUUGCAGAAGGUACUUGCGAAGCAUGAUGCUAUUGCUGCAGGACUUGCUGUUCGUGUGGAGAAACGAAAGUCACUUCAGACACUCGUCAAUAUUGAUGAUUCUUCAGCAAGCAAAGAGCCACAACAGAGGCCAUCAAGUACAAGCACAAGUAACCAGCCUCCUCUUCAGCAACUAUUGCUGCCUGCUCCUCCAUCCGAUGGUGCAGGAACCACUUCAGUAAAAGUUGAUCCCAAUAUGGACCUUCUUAGUGGCGAGGACUACAAUAAACCUACAACAGAGAAUCUGCUAGCUCUUGUUCCUGUCAGUGAACCGCUCAACAAUUCUGCUUCUGACCAGAAUGUCUUGGCACUCGCAGACAUGUUUUCUCCAAACGACUCUACCAAUAACAACAAAAAUCCUGCAAACACUUUUGAUUCAAAUUCUACAUUUCCAACACAACAGACAUAUCCUGCUUUUUCGAACCUUCAGCAGCAGGCUCAGCAGACACAACAGCCUCAAUUUUUUACUAAUGGAGGCAUCCCAAACUCAGGGGCACCUCAAUUUGAGCAGUCAAGUCAUGACCAGGGAAUGCAGCUCAACCUGGCAACCACUCCAUGGAAUGGUCAGUUUGCUCCAGCAUAUAAUCCACAGCAGCAGGCACUAGGUUAUGAUGCAAAUAAUCAAAGUGGAGCUCUUCCCCCACCGCCAUGGGAGGCACAACCUGUGCAGAAUGAAAUGCCUGGCUUGCAGCAUCAACCGCUUCAAACUGAUCAGCUUAGUGUGCAUCCCUUAUCAGUUCAAACUGGUCAACUCCGGGGCAUGCAAGCUCAACCCAUGCUCGGCAGCCAGCUCGGAGGCAUGCAACCUCAACAAACGUCAGGCGGUCAGCUUGUAGGAAUGCCUCCACAACAUAUGAUGGGCCCCCAGCUUACUGGGUUGCAACCUCAGGUUGUCCAGGGCGAUCAGUUUGUAGGCAUGUAUCCUCCAAUGCAGAACAGCCAGAUGAGAGCCAUGUAUCCGCCACAGAUAUUCGGAGGUCAUAUGGUUGGUAUGGGUCAACAGCCUAUGCAGGGUACAGGCUAUGGGUAUGGGCAGCAGCCGGGUGCUCAAUUCUAUGAUCCAAUGAGACCUACAUACCCUUAUUAUACUCCAAAUGCACUUGGGCAGAGAAUGUAUGGGCUUUCGGUGCAAGAUAAUAACACGUACGCGAGUAAGGCUUCGUCAUAUCAGAUGCCCACAUCCUCAUCUUAUCUGCAGAAUUCGAACAAACCAUCAAAGCCUGAGGAUAAGCUCUUUGGUGAUCUUGUUAGUUUGGCCAAAAACAAAGCUAAAUAAGCCUCUGCUCCUAAGGUCGAGAUAUUGUAAAAUCAGUGUGGAACUGUUUCUUCACACUUUUUUUUUUUGAUUUCAUAUGCUGGUUCUGGUACUUGCUUUCCUUACAUGUAUUAUCUCUUUCUGCCUCCUCAUUUGUAUGAUGUCCUUUUCUUUUAAUCAUGUACAUUUAGAGGGGAAAAGGAUAAAGGUUGAUUAGAAAGAUUUAAGAUACGUUUUUUUGGUUA